AUGAAUCAUGGGAACACAAGUGAUGUCUCCGAAUUAUCCCUCCGUGGCUUCGCCAUCCAGCCCGAGUUCCAAGCUCUCCUCUUCCCCCUCUUCCUCUCCAUCUACCUGCUGACCCUCCUGGGAAACAUCACCAUCAUCUCCUUGAUCUACUCCAAUAACCAACUCCUCCAGGCUCCCAUGUAUUUCUUCCUCAGCUACCUUGCCCUAGCCGAUGUAGGUUUCACCACCACCACCGUCCCCAAAGCACUGGAGAACUUGUUGUCUCAGGAAAAGACCAUCUCUUACCAUGGCUGCCUGAUCCAGAUGUACUUCUACAUGAUCUUUGGCAAUGCAGACAGCUUCCUCCUGUCUUCCAUGGCCUACGAUCGCUAUGUGGCCAUCUGCCAUCCACUACACUAUUCUGCCCUGAUGAGCCACAAGCGGUGCCUCCUUCUGGCAGCUGUGUCCUGGGCUAUCCCCAUCAUCCACUCAUCGCUGUAUACCUUUUUGAUGUCCCGCAUUUCCAUUUGUGAGCAUAGUGAGAUCCCACAUUUCUUCUGUGAUAUUUACCCUGUUCUGGACAUCUCUUGCUCUGAUACCAGCAUCAUCCAGCUGAUGCUGAUGACUGAAGGAGUGGUGGAGGUCCUGGGGCCAUUUGUGCUGACUGUCUUCUCCUAUGCAUUCAUCUUCUAUGCCAUCAUGAAGAUCCCAUCUGCCACUGGGAAGUGCAAGGCUUUCUCCACGUGUGGGUCCCACAUAGUUGUGGUGAUGUUGUUCUAUGGCACCGUAAGCUGGGUCUUUUUCAAGCCACAUUCAAAGACCCAGGACCGUUCGGACACUGUGGCUGCUGUGAUGUAUACCAUGGUAACCCCCAUGCUGAAUCCCUUCAUCUACAGCCUCAGGAACAGUGAGAUGAAAGCAGCCGUGAGGAAGGUUUUUUUUCUUAAUCUUCCCUUGAAAAUUUCAGUUUUACACUGUAUGAUAUAUACAUUCCAACCAUAA